CAGCAAUCAAGCUUGACGUUUCAAAAAUUUCGCAUAACCAAAUAUGGGGAUUUCUUGAAGUUAGAAGUGAACUAGAUAUGAAGUCUGAAGUGUCUUUUAAAAAUAUCCUCAUUUUGAAUUUCUUGUAAAAACCUAAAUGUACAAAACUCUUAUACAAUCUUUUUAGAUAAAAAAUAGUAAACUAAACACCAAGAUGUCUUUCCGUGUAGUACGCUCUUCCAAGUUCAGACACGUAUACGGCCAAGCUUUGAAAAGGGAACAAUGCUAUGAUAAUAUUCGUGUAUCAAAGAGCUCCUGGGAUUCUACAUUUUGUGCUGUGAACCCCAAAUUCUUGGCUAUCAUAGUUGAAAGUGCUGGUGGAGGUGCCUUUAUAGUCUUGCCCCACAAUAAGGUGGGGCGCAUCGCAGCUGACCACCCCCUCGUGGGGGGCCACAAGGGCCCCGUGCUCGACAUAGCAUGGUGUCCGCACAACGACAACGUCAUAGCCAGCGGCUCAGAGGACUGUGUGGUGAAGGUGUGGCAUAUCCCCGACCACGGCCUCCACAAGACUCUCACUGAACCCAUCGUAGAUCUGGUGUACCACCAGCGCAGGGUAGGGCUGGUGUUGUGGCACCCAACGGCACAGAAUGUGCUACUCACCGCUGGGAGUGAUAACCAAGUGGUCAUCUGGAAUGUCGGUACUGGAGAGGCAUUAGUAGAACUAGACUGCCACCCUGAUAUCGUGUACAGUGCCUGUUUCAAUUGGGACGGCUCCAAACUGCUGACGACAUGUAAAGACAAAAAAAUUAGGAUAAUCAACCCCAGAACUGGCGAAAUUGAAGCUGAAGCCAUCGCUCAUGAAGGUUCAAAAGCGACCAGGGCCAUCUUCCUGAGACAUGGCCUCGUGUUCACCACUGGCUUCUCGAAAAUGUCAGAAAGACAGUACAGUCUUCGCACGCCCGACUGCCUCGGCGAGCCCAUCGUCAUGGUGGAGCUGGACACCUCCAACGGCGUCAUGUUCCCCCUCUACGAUCCCGAUACCAAUCUAGUGUUCUUGUGCGGCAAAGGGGAUUCUGUCAUCAGGUAUUUCGAGAUAACACCAGAACCACCUUUUGUCCACUAUAUCAAUACUUUUCAAACUCCCGAUCCUCAAAGAGGGAUUGGAAUGAUGCCAAAGAGAGGCUGUGACGUCACGUCCUGCGAAAUUGCUAGGUUUUACAGGCUCAACAAUUCAGGUCUUUGCCAAUGUAUAACGAUGACGGUGCCGAGAAAAUCCGAGCUCUUCCAAGAGGACCUCUACCCGGACACGAUCGGCGACACGGCCGGCUGUUCGGCCGAAGAGUGGCUGGCAGGGCGCGACCCCGAGCCGGUCCUGAUAUCGCUCAAGGACGGCUACAAGCCGCCCGAGUCGAAGUCCUCGCUGUCGGUGUCGAAAAGGAGCAACGUGCUGGACAAGAUGCCGCCCAAGGGGGGCAAGGGUGCGGCCAAUCAGACCGCGGCGCCCGUGUCGGACAAGACUUUGCAAGAGUUCGCCGACGAGAUCCGCAAGCUGAAGGCGAUGAUCGUGAAGCACGAGAAUCGCAUCAGGGCGCUGGAGGCGGAUCGAACGGCCGCCCCCCCGUCUGUGCCCGCCCCCCUCGCCGUCCCCUCCACUGAUGAUGACGACGGCUGCGGCGGCGGCGACGGGCUCAACGCGCCGCCUCCCGUUGUCGCCGCCCCUGCGUUAGCAGCUGAUGAGGUGUAGCCGGUCGAAGGGAGACGAUGUCGUCCCGGAUGCUCAAACUAAUACGUUAUUAUGGUGUCGCACCAGUUUGUUUCUGCAAUCGCUUUUAUACAUAAUCUACUGUAAGACCAUCAUCCUCUAUUUAUUUUUAUCAUUAGGAAUAUUGAAUCGCAUUUGUGGUUAUAUAUCAUUUAUUAUUAUUAUUUUCAAAAGUCAUAUUAUAGUUCACCCCACCUUGAAAGUGCUCUUAAAAUAACAAUGCAAAGAAAAUAGAGAUGUUAGAUAUUGCAAUAAGACUUCAAACGUAACAAUAAAUUAUCAACAGUGUGUUUCGUCACUGUAUUUAAUUUCACCAUUUAUACAAGGUGUCACAAACAAUUUUGGCAUUUGUUACAUGGAUGAUUUUAUUGAUCAUAUAUAUAUGAUGAAAUUGAGGGAAUGUGAAGAAAUAUUACUAGACAUUUCAAAGAGAUGAAUACCUAUGUUAUUAAAUAUUAUAUAGUUUAUUUUGAUGGAAUUUUUGAGAAGACAAAAUAAUCAUAACUAGUUAUU